GAUUUUUCGUACGAAAUUUUAAUUGAAAAAGAACAUGGGGCAUCGGUGUAUUGCACAAUGGGGCAAAGUGUUGUCAAUACAUCAGGAGCAUCUCUUUCGACGUCAACCUUCAAUACGCAGAUGCGGUGGGCUAGGAGUUCUAUCCCGACAUUUCAUGUUUCAGUCGGGGAACAUGAACGAAGUCGACUUUAGUCGAUUUGGUUCAAAGAUCUGUGGUUCUGUCUAUCAGAACGUCUCUCACAUGAAAAUGACGGCAUCAAGAAGAGAAUCUAUCUUCUUUCAACAACGAAGGAAAAUCAACAGCAGGGGGUACCACAGUAUUGCAGGAGCUUCCCCCCGUCAAAUGGCAGAUCUUGAGGAACGAUUGUGGUCUGUGAUAGGAGCCAACGUUGUCGAUCCAGAAACUGCAUUACACCUCAAGAAAUUAGGGUGGCUUCAUAGGAGGCUGACAGUGUUUCAGAAGAGUGUGGAUGAUGAUCAAAAUCCUGAAAGCAGUGAAUCAAGCAGAGAUUGUGUUCAAAUUCUAUUGCAGCUGCCGUCACUCUUGCACCCUACAUUAGAUUCGCUCAAAUCGAUGAUAGAAAAAGAGGCACGACAAGAGAUUGAUCAGUGGGUAGCAGACAGCAAUUUAGUAACGACUUCUGAAUCAAGUAAUGGAGGCCUUCAAUUCGAGGUAGACAUCAAAGCGGUUGCGAAACAACCGAUUCCGUGGACAGUGCAGUCGGGGCAACAAAGCCAAGAAGAGGUAAAGUCUGGGUUGGGCCCAGGCCUGACCAAUGUGUCGCAUUUCUUGGCGGUUUACAGCUGCAAGGGUGGCGUCGGAAAAUCUACAGUCGCUGUCAAUCUUGCAUAUGAACUGGCCCGUCUCGGUGGCCGUGUGGGUUUGUUGGAUGUAGAUGUUUACGGACCUUCUCUUCCCUUGCAAGUUACCCCUGAUGACGAUGCUGUUCGCAAGUCAUCUCUGGGAUCAAGCAUGGUGUGUCCAAUCGAACACAAGGGAGUUAAGUUGCUCUCACUUGGUUAUGUAUCGUCUAAUAGUGGAAUUCCUGGAAGUGGAAAGAACAGCGAUGCAGCAGUUCUGCGCGGACCCAUGGCUGGAAGAGUUGUCACACAGUUGUUGAAAGGAACGGAAUGGGGGGAUUUGGAUGUUUUGAUUCUCGACUUGCCCCCCGGGACCGGAGAUGUCCAGUUGACUGUUUGUCAAGAGGUAAAUCUCAGUUUUGCCGUGGGUGUGACAACGCCGUCGAAAUUGGCAAUAGCUGAUGCCCGUAAAGGCAUCUCGAUGUUCGAUACAAUGGGUAUAGAAACGAUAGCAAUGGUAGAAAAUAUGGCUUACUUUGAAUGCGAGGGUGGUGGCAAGCAUUUUCCGUUUGGCAAAGGCUUUGCAGGAACAGGAAACACCAUCAAAGAAAGCUUGGGAAAUAUCGCCCUUAAACCCGAGAACAUAUGCCAACUCCCAAUUUCAGAGAUUGCUACCAUCGGCAACGAUACAGGAAUUCCGAUCUGCCUUUCGCGUCCAGAAGAAGCAAAACUGGAACUAGAAGCGUUCGAAAAAUUGGCUAAGAUAGUUUCGAGAGAGUUGUUUCAGCUUCCUCAUCGGACACCAUCGUCCGAGGGGAUGGUUGCUCUAGACGGCGAACACUUUGACUUGUCCACAAUCAAUCUAUCAGAAGAUAAGGGAUCUAUUGUAGUGCGAUUCUUUUCUGAAAACGGGGCCAUACAGAAACGGGUUCCGUCGCAAAAUCUCCUUAGACUAGAUCCUAUGACAGGAGAUGUAAUAGAUAAAUCGUCAUCUCCCGAGAAAACUGAAGCGAAGAAUGAUCAGGAAGGAGUGGUUGUAUCUGUGCACAAAGCUUCGUCCAAUGCGUGCGGUCAUGCAUCUGAGAUAUUGCCAGAGCGAAUCCAAGAGAAAGGGCGAGUCGGCUUUGAGGUGACAUGGAGCGAUGGUUCGAGAUUCAUUUACAGGAGGAGCGUGAUCGCAAUUGCUGCAGGUGGGACAUUCUUAGAAAAUAAAUUGUAAUAGUGCCGUAGGAAAAAAAAUUCGAGUAUACGUGACAAGAGUCAAUUUUAUAAGAAAAUAACUUGUUUUGCAUCUUUAUUUGUGACAUGAGCAUGGAUUUCUGUGUUCGACAAGAUUUAAUAUUGUUUCAGUUAUACACUUGGUGUAAAUGUUAAGUAAAGUACAGUCUACGAAGCAAUAAUAUGUGACCAAUAUG